GCCACAUCUACCAUUCAAUACCAUUCAACAAGAUUGCUUGUGAGAGGACCGUUGAGAUUGCAAUUUGCAUCAGAAGUGGUUGACCAGAAUGUGAGUUUGGACAUCUUGAGUCUAGCUUGAACCUUGAGGAGCUGUGCGUAAUCUACAACGAAGCAACCAGCCAGGAAUCUGCCGAUCCGAUGCUCAGUGCGCAGGGCUGAGGCGGGAGCCCCUUUAGAUCUAAUUCAACAAGAUGAAGAGUCACCAGAUGAUGCGUCUUGCCACCUCUUCUUAUUGUCCUCGUUCUGCGACAACUCUGACCAGGACCUCCUUCCCUCAGUCUAGGAAUUUCUUCCAGACUACGAAAACAAUGCUAUACCAGCAAUCAAGAGAUGACUUCCUCGACAAGAGAAUAAGUAGAACGAGAGAAGUAGUUUGUUAAGGUCAACAUUUAGUGUCCAUCUUUCUCAGCAUCUCGAUACCCUUUUCUCUUGUAUUUAGUGGGAAAUGGGUCGAGAUGAGGGGGCCGAGAUGGAUAAAAGCCGGCCCUAAGUUUGCGUCGACGUGGAGGAGUAUCAUCUUCUUAAAAAGGGCGACGAGAACGAGAACGCGUUUGCAAAUUACGUAGGAAGUUUGGACCCGGGGACGGUGGUGCUCGAGACCUGUCCUGCACGAUGGAAAGAAGCGCAGCGGACUAUCGCUGCAGUAGAUAAACAUCAAAAUGGAGAAAAUGGAAAGGGGGAAAUAAGUUCAUCUGGUGCGUUCGUGAGAAAAACAGCUGCGCAAAUUAAGGGCUCGUCCGAUGUUUCAUCCUGCACUACCAACAUCUUUGAUGACUUGCUUCCCAAUCCUCUAGUAAUGUGAAAGGCUUCCCAAUACUAGUAAUUAUGUGAAAGUAGAAGUCAAAGAUGACCUGAAGAAUGCAAUUGCGCAGCCGCUAAACAAAGUAGGAAUAAUCUGAAGCCGCAAAUGGACGCCAUCAAUACCUUGCUAGGCGGUCUUCUCACACGAGACUUGGAAGAAUUGGCUUUGAAGUACCCAACUGAAGCCAGGAAAGACAGCCACGACUUGCCGCUCUUAUGUCGAUUUUCCUUUUAUGUUCCAGUCUGGUAGAUGCUUGUUACAGUGAAUUUUGAAAAUUCCAAUCUGCUGAGUGGUUUUGUCUUGUCGGAGGAAGCUUUUUAUCUUUGUGCCUUUUAUUUCAAUGGGAUUAGGAUCAAAGAAAUAAACUCGUAUGACAAAUUUUUGAUUCGGAGUUACGAUUCUAAGCUAUGCUAGGCUAACUCCGCUUCCAUGUGACCGAGGCUACAGGCAGACGCAGAGCGAGUUGGCGCGGGCGCUUUUCUUACGCCCUUGGCUGUUGCCACGAUAUGCGCGGUAUGCACGGAACCGGCUUACACACCUUGCCACGAGUCGCUAUGGGCAAGAGCAGGAAAAUGGACCCAGAACUGGGGAGGAAAAAGCUGGUGACCCUUCAAAAGGACCUGAUGGAGCGGUAAUAAUACGGGACUCAGCAACAAAUGAUGAAGAAUCGAGUGCAUCUAGUAUUCGAGCUGUGAAGGCAGAAUCCGAGGAGCAGCUUGCGCCCGCCUUGAAUUAAGGCUAACACUGGUGACCACUUCCUCUUGCGUUUGUGAAUCAUACGAUGGUAGAAGUCCGCAGAGAAUUCUCAGGCACCUUCUUGGCGAAUAGAUUCAAAUACAAUUCAUAAAAGCUCUCGCAUGUUUUCGAGUGUAAUGAAAUGCUUUAUUCUCUCCAGACCAGCACGACUGCUGUUCUUCUAACAUGCAGAUAUUCUAGUUGACAAAAGAGCGCGUUUGUUGGGGCAACGAGUAAGGGAGUUAUCGAGCGAGAGGGGUCAAGGGAAGGUGGUAGUGUGCUGCGCAACUCGUGAAUUCAGAAGAGCGCUUGAAAGAGAGCUCGAGGACCUCGGAAGGAACUCUUCCGACGCACAUUCGGAGACGAGAAGCAGAAGCAUAUUAUGGAUUACAAGUUCAAGAACGCAACUAGGACGUCUAUCAUCCUGACUUGUCAGGUCAUGAUUUUCGUAUUCUUAUCUUCACAUGCUGUCUGUGAGGCCUUACGCAGGUCCCUCCUUACAGAAGGCUGGCAUAGGCAUUAAGCCCCUAUGUAGCAGCGAUAACAUGAACAUGAAGUAGGGGUAAUUUUGCUCGCGUUAGUUCCUAAGGGCCUGCUUCACUCCAAACCUAAUAGCAAUAGAGCUAGCAAGCUACUCCAUAAGGGCCUGCUUCACUCCAAACCUAAUAGCAAUGGAUGCCUGCUAGCAAGAACUCCAUUUGAGAAACAACACUGGGAGCCACACUGAGGAAAUCUUCUAAUCCAAGCAGGCUCAAGAGCAGGCCCAUUGUGGCCGUUUCUUUUCGCUUUUAUCUACCUGAUCCUGCCAGCGUCGUUGUUUCUGAUGACGAUUCUGUCUGUGGUGAAAGGAUGCAUACUGGGAGCCUCAGCGUUGGUGCAAUACAUUUGUCGCAGCCUAUUCGCGGCUUCAACGUAGAGGGUCAUUAUUUCUAGAUAGAAGUAGUUGUUCGCUGCAUAAAAAAACAUUUGAUGUCCUCAUGGCACAAGGAAGAAAGAACAUGAAGAAGACAUGCACAUGCAUAGUGAGAAGGACGCUCGUAACCAUGAUGCGGUAGUGCGUAUAGUACAUACAGUAAUCAACAACUGCGGACGCUGAAAUGUUGAAGAAACAGGAUCGAGACGCCUCUAACAGGGUUCCAACACGCCACCGCCGUGUGUGUACACGCAGUUUUCAAAUAUAG